AUGAGCUUUCAAGAAGCGACCGUCGAACACCUUGUGCGUAGACGUUUAGACCAUAACCUUCUUCUUCUUUCUUGUCAUCAGACUACUUGUAAAGAUCGGUGUCCUUUUAUAUUUCAAGCUGCUUGGUGUACUCACUCUCAUUAUUCUUUUGUGGUUGCUAAUGCUUGGAAUAGAUUACAUGAGAAUGGUGGAGUUGAUACAGCUCUUGCGAGUGAGAAAGAGGAUUCCUUGAAGUUUAAUGAUGAACACUUCGGUAAUAUUUUUAGAAGAAAGGAGUUGGAGACUAUACUACGGGGCAUCCAAAGCACUUUGGAGGAAUUUGAUUUUAUUAGACUCACUUUACUUCAGAAUGAGUUACUUUAA